UUACCCACCACCACACACAUUUUAUGCAUUUAAUGGAAACGCUGGCUAAGAAGCGUAUUUCUAAGGACUGUUCAUCAAACAGCAAUCUUUGGCAAGAUCAAGAGGAAGACAUGAGUGUUAAUAAUACAAAUAACAGAUCUGGAAGUUCUACAAAUGAUACUGUGGACCAUACAUCUUCAUUGUUUAAAGAUGAAAUCCUCAUUCCAGUUACUAUCAUUUUCACUGCGUUGUUUGUUUUGGGUGUGACAGGGAACCUGAUAACAAUUUUAUUAUUCAAGAGGUACAGAGACAUGCGAUCUACAGUUAACAUGUACCUUUCCAGUAUGGCUGUCUCCGACAUUCUUAUUUUCCUUGGUCUGCCCUCAGACCUGUACAGGAUUUGGAAGUACAAGCCAUAUAUAUUUGGGGACUUUAUCUGCAAGUUUCUGAUGUACCUUAGCGAGACCUGUACGCAUUGUACUAUUCUUCACAUCACCACCAUGAGUGUGGAGCGCUAUCUGGCAAUUUGUUAUCCAUUGAAGGCCAAGAUUAUGAUCACUAAAAAGAGGGUAAAAAUUAUUAUUGGUAUUUUGUGGUUCAUUGCCUUGGUAACUUCAGGACCAGUUUUUUUUCUGUUUGGUGUAGAACACCCUCUUGGAACUCAGCCUGCCGAAACUAUGGAAUGCAGGCACUUGGAAAGCUCCACUAAAAGUGGUCUUCUGCGGAUUGCCACUUGGGUAUCCACCAUAUACUUUUUCAUACCCACUCUCUUUCUCAUUCUACUUUAUGGACUUAUCUGUAAGAAGCUUUGGAGGAACACACAUGGUAUUCAGGAGCCAAGUGCCAUAAACCGAGGGAAACACCAUAAACAAACAGUUAAAAUGCUGGCUUUCGUCGUUGUCUCCUUUGUGCUGUGCUGGCUUCCUUACCACAUUGGUCGUCUCUUGUUUGCUUGGACAGGAAUGGGAGAGUUUGUAUUUUAUCAUUUUACACAGUACUUUAACCUCAUAUCUAUGGUUCUUUUCUACCUGAGCGCCUCCAUUAAUCCAAUGUUGUACAACAUUAUGUCACAGAAAUACAGGGCUGCCAUGAGCAAGAUCUUGAAACCAAGACAACAUUCACAGCUUAGGAACAGCACAAGGAGUGAACAGGCAUCUAUGGGACAGAGAUCACUUCUUUCAAGUAAUUUCCUCAAUGUCUAAUAAAAACAUAUACAUAAAUAUAUUACUGCUCGUCACAAAGAACUCAUAUACAGUAAUCUGUAAUAAGAGUUAUUUUCAAUCUUUUGAAAGCUGCAGUUUUCAUUAAAAAAAAAUACCUGGUGAUCCUGCAUAAAGGUUCUUUUUCGGGCAUAUCCAAUUAAAGGGUCACUUCUCCCAACUGUGCCUCCUUAUUGAGAUUAGAAGCAGCCUUGCUGACACAUAUUGUGCCAUACAUAGUCCUCUGAUGAUGUGAUGUGCCAACAUCAGGAAUCCAGUCUAGUGUAAUCAUGUGCAAUAGUG